CAGUCCUUUCGGUAUCGGUUGCAGAUAUCGGCUUCGGAUAUUUUUAGAGUAAACAGCUGAUCGCAUACAUUAAGAGGACUAAUAUAGUUGUAAAUUAUUCAAACAAAGAAGGUGCAUUAUUUACUGCUGGUUACAGUGUCAGUGAAUUAAAGGAGGGCUGGUCAAGGAGAAAGUGCACAUAUUUGCCAUGGUGAAGUAAGAAUUUUGGAAGGUAACUGACCCCUGCAGAGGUCAUUUGCCGAGAGUGGAGCAUCAAGAACUUCCAGUCAACAACUUUAUCUCUUGAACUCAUUAAACAAAAACAACAACAACAAAACAACAAAAUGUCCGAAACGGAAGCCAGGAACGGACAUCAUGAAAACGGGAAGAUGAAGAAUGGCGGCCACGAUCGGAGGCAUUCGGAAAUUUCCGAUAUCUCCGAAGACAAUAUCAGUAACUUGAUCCCGACCCCGCCGGACGGGGGAUGGGGAUGGGUUAUCGUUGCAUCGUCUUUGAUGUGCAACAUCAUAGUAGACGGGAUUGGGUACUCAUUUGGUAUUUUUCUGCCAGAAUUUGUGAACUUCUUUGGUGAAACACGAAGUAAAGUGUCUCUAAUUGGGUCACUUCUGUGUGGAACUUACUUAUGUGCGGGUCCAGUCGUGAGCGCUCUGACCAAUAAAUUUGGUUGCCGCCCCGUUGCCAUGACGGGGAGUGUCAUAGCAACAGUAGCAUUCAUCCUAGCAACGUUUUCACCCAAUAUUGACAUCCUUAUUUUGACAUAUGGCGUUCUUGGAGGAUUUGGCUUUGGUAUGAUCUACUUGCCUUCAAUAGUUAGCGUUGGGUAUUACUUUGAGAGAAAACGUGCCAUUGCGACUGGUAUUGCUGUCUGCGGGUCUGGUGUAGGGACGUUUAUCUUUGCACCGCUUACUAAGUUCUUGCUGGACGAGUUCGAUUGGAAAAAUGCUCUGUUUAUACUUGCUGGGAUUGUGUUCAACGGAUGUCUGUGUGGAGCAUUGAUGCGGCCCCUGGAGGCACCAAAGACUAAGAAAGACAAACCAAAACCGAGAGAGAAAAAUGUUAUAGACAGAAUCAAGGAAGAGGCCAGGAAAAAGGGUCGAAUGAAAUUUACUUCUGAGUCCUCCGGAAUCGGACCCACAGACACAACAGACAUUCUUGAAAAGGUUAGACAGGCGAAACUUCAAAGGGAACAAAUAUUGCAAGAAAAUGAAUCGGAAAUUUGCUCACUUCCUAGUACUUACUUUGAAAAAGAUAAGAAUAUUCAACGACAGGAUAGUAGAUCGAGUGGAACAAGACCGAGGGUUGCCAAGUUAUCGUUUUCAGAUCGAGGCGAUACUGGUUCCCGAACUGAUACACCGACGCGCACACCAAAAAUUGUUAUUGAUGGGAGUGAAAUUGAUUCAGGUUCCAUAGCUGAUGUCACAUCAGAGCAGGAAUGGUCUCCUACGACGUCGCCUGCGCGCGCAAAGAGCACGGAACCAGAACGAACGCCAGAAUCGCCGACGAAAAAACGGUUAUCGACACUUAGCGAUGACAGUCAAAAGAAAACGGACAAAAUAAUCCUUCCAAAUGGAAUUCAAGGAUACGAGGUGCAGCCAUUAAUUAAAGUCGGUAAUGGCGGGAAACAAGAGAAAACAGGGAAUGCUGCAAAGCAAAUCAUGGCGAGGACUGGAGCUGCCACUGCUGGUGGCAGCAAACAUCUUCUCGGAGCAUCCAUGCGGAGCAUAUCCAGCAAGGACUAUUCUAGGCCAAUGUAUAAAAAAGACAUUUUCUACAGUGGUAGCAUAGCUAACAUAAAUGAAUAUCGAUCUCAACCGGACAUGCAUAGCUAUAUAACAAGUAUAACGAGUAUCCCGGGUGAUGUAGGAGUCGUUGAUCAGCGCGGUGAUACGAAGCUUCACAAAAUAUGUAGCUGUCUUCCUAAGCCUGUUGUUGAUGUCUUGUCAGAAAUGUUAGACAUAUCUCUCCUCACCAACGCUGGCUUUAUGUGCAUAUGUCUUGGGAAUAUCUUUGCAAUGAUCGGGUUUUACGUGCCUUACGUUUACAUUGUGGAUCGGGCUCUAAUGGCGGGCAUUGACAAAACUCAAGCGUCUUUCUUGUUAUCUGUGAUAGGUAUAACAAACACGGUUGGGAGAAUUAUAUCUGGUGUCCUGGCUGAUUUGAAUAGUGUGAACAGUCUGAUGUUGAACAAUGUGAACAUGCUGAUCGCCGGUGUCUGUAUUUUCUUAACGCCAUUUUGUAACACCUAUCCUUUAUUGGUUGUUGCAGCGCUAGUCUUUGGUUUAACAACAGCUGCUUAUAUUUCGCUUACAUCGAUAAUCAUAUGUGAUCUCUUGGGUUUGGAGAAAUUGACCAAUGCGUUUGGUUUAUUGACGUUGGCGAGAGGUGUGUCCUCAGCUCUCGGUCCACCAAUCGCAGCGGCGUUUAUUUCACUCACAUCCAUCAUUCUCUGCGACUUACUAGGCCUUGGUAAAUUGACUAAUGCCUUUGGUCUAUUAUCCAUGGGGCGGGGCAUCGCCGGGAUCGUGGGCCCCCCAAUGGCAGGUGCGGUGUUUCAGAGCACAGGUAACUACGACGCCUCGUUUUAUCUGGGAGGCGGGCUUUUCUUACUGGGAACGUUGUUACACUUUGUGCUUUUCUUGCCAUGCAUGAAAACCAAGGAAGAAGAAAUUGUGAUAAAUUUGGAUGAACAGGAAAUGGAAACCAUGGUUCCCAGACCGGAACCGGAAAGACCGAUUCGAAUUGAAGUGUGAACGGAUUUUAUCCUUGAAAUAGAGACAAGGGCACUAUAAUCAAAAUGUCGUUUUUGAAGCUUUUUAAUGUCUCAUAAAAAAGAAGAGGAUAACUCUGGUCGCAGUGAUCUCUCUGUUAUCGUUUCUGUUUUUUUUUUGUUAUGACAAAGGGAGAUAAAUUUGCUAGUUGUUGUAAAAUAGGCAACACAUAUUAGAAUGGCAAAUCCAUAAAACAUUACUCAUGGUAUCUGGAAAUGUUAUUAACAUUGUUUGUCUGUCAGUCAGUUUGUGUAUCUUUCGGUGCUUUAUACAGAGAAUUGUUUCUGUUUUUGAACGUACUGAUAUUGUAUGACUGAACACUGAUUCACUACUAAUUAGAUGUAAAACUAUAAUAUAUUCAAAUGGUCUCUAUAUUUGUACAUAUAUACUUUAAUCUUGUUAAAAGUUAUAUAAUUUUGCUCAUGUAUAUAUUGCUCUUAUAUUGUUGUUACAGUAUAUAUUUAAUGUUUCUUUUUGUAACAAUUUAACCUGUGUCAUUGACAUUUUAAUACUAUAUUACCACUGGUCGAAUAAUGUGUUCAUGAAAUUUAUGUUUCUUGCAUAUAGAAAUCUAGCACUUCCGUAUGAUUUCUGAGCUAGAUAAAAAUGUAUUUUUUAAGUUCAUAUUAGAUGCUUUCUUUAGAGAAAUCUAUAUUUAUCUAUUGUGGUAAAUGUCUGUUUGAAACGAGUUGUACCAAUUUUGUGACCAACGUCUUGUCAUCAUAACACACAUUUUUAUGUGUUAACAUAUGUGUACCUGCUCAUGUGUACACUGAAGAAAAUAUAAAUGAAAUACAUAAUAAUUUUACACGUGUGAAUAUCUGCAGAAACAGAUAAAUUGCUGAAGAAAUAUUGUUUAAGGAAGCUUGUGUUCCCGUAAUGACACUCGGCAAUUUCCGUGCGAUCACGUAUUGCAGAAUGUUAUUUCGGCAUUCUUCGGCUUUCAAUGUAACUCGAACGUGCACAUGACUUCCCGUACGAGUCGGGGAAUGACUCAGUUGGAAGGUUUAUACGCAGCAUAGAUCAUAGUGUUUAUUCUUUCAUAUAUCAUAUUGUAAGGAACUGACUGUUAUAAAAUUCGAUAUUCCUUUUUCUUUCGUCGAAAUAUAUUGAAAAAGAGUACUGAAAAGAAUAUAUGUAGAAUAUAUAUAAGUAUAGGAUAGCAACAGACCUGCUGCUGAAGGGAUCAAAUCAAGAUUAAAGUUUUCAUCUUGUAUGAUGGUUGUUUUAUAUAUUUAAUGAACUUUUAUUUGUCCACCAAUUUAAUGCUUGUUUUUAUCAUGCAUGUAUAUUAAGCAUGGACAUUUUAACUUUUUAUAAAAAUUUCUUUUAGAUUUUUAACUUAAAAUGUUUUGCUGUCGAAUGUUUAAGUGUAUUUUUAUGCAGAAUAUUUAUAAUAUGUUAUAUAUGUUACUGUUUAAGUUCACAUGUGCAGAUUUAUUAUACCCCCACAAAACGAAGUUGGGGGGUAUAUAGGAGUGAGCUUAUCGGUCGGUUGGUCGGUCGGUCUGUUGGUUUUGCAUGGUUUCCGGAUGAUAACUGAAGAAAGGCUUGACCAAUUUAAAUAAUGUUUGGUACACAGGUGUAAUAUCAGAAAAUACAGGUCAGGUUCGAAUUUGUGGUCAGUAGGUCAAAGGUCAAAGGUCAAGGUCACAGUGACCCUGAACAGUUAAACGGUUUCCGGACGAUAACUUGAAAACGCUUGGGCCUAGGGUCAUAAAUUUUGGUACACAGAUGUAACAUCAUGAAAUGCAGGUCAAGUUAUACUUUGAGGUCUGUAGGUCAAAGGUCAAGGUCACAGUGACCCUGAACAGUUAAACGGUUUCCGGAUGAUAACUUGAAAACGCUUGGGCCUAGGGUCAUAAAUUUUGGUACACAGAUGUAACAUCAUGAAAUGCAGGUCAAGUUAUACUUUGAGGUCUGUAGGUCAAAGGUCAAGGUCACAGGGACUCGGAACAGUUAAAUGGUUUCCGGAUGAUAACUUGAGAACGCUUGGGCCUAGGAUCAUAAAUUUUGGUACACGGGUGUAACAACAUGAAAUAGAGGUCAAGUUUUACUUUGAGGUCAGUAGGUCAAAGGUCAAGGUCACAGUGACUUGGGACAGUUAAAUGGUUUCUGGAUGAUAACUUAAGAAUGCUUGGGCCUAGGAUCAUGAAAAUUGAUAGGGAGGUUGGUUGUGACUAGCAGAUGACCCCUAAUGAUUUUGAGGUCAGUAGGUCACAGGUCAAGGACAUAGUGACCCGGAACAUUUAAACAGUUUUCAGAUAAUAACUUGAGAAUGCUUGGGACUAGGAUCAGGAAACUUAAUCUGGAGGUUGGUCAUGUCAAGCAGAUGACCCAUAUUGAUUUUGAGUUCCAAAGGUCAAAGGUCAUUUAAACCUUUUACGGACAAUAACUUGAGAACGCUUGGGCGGAGGGUCAUGAAACUUCAUAGGGAGGUUGAUAAUGACUAGCAGAUGACCUCUGUUGAUUUUGUGGUCAGUAGGUCAAGCAAGUUCGGCUUUGACAUUGGCUUAGUUCUGUGACAAGACCAUAUUGUGGGGGUAUAAUUCGUCACUUCUGUGACAACUCUAGUUACAAACGUACGCAUUGAGUAGAUAUAGUGUGAACGUUCACAUGUUCAUUAUAUUAUUCACAUAAUACAUGCAUAAGUUAUUGUAAUGUAUUGAAUUUACUACAGCUGUUAAGAUAUUUUGCCUGAUCUCUGCAUACACCGCAAUAUACUGUUCUAUCUUUCAAACGAGGUGGCUUAAAUUUGUUUGCAAUAACAUAUAUUCGUCGUUCAUGGGAUGCUUACGUAUUGUCCACUGUUCAAUGGAGUAAGGAUUUUCUGUUACAGGCUUUCAAACUUCGGCUCCUUUCGGAUAAACUCGUUUCUACUGAAUUCGGUUACAAUUUUGUAAAGUUUUUCUUAUCUGCACGUUCUCAACUUACUUUAGCCUAGCUUGUAUUGUCGGUGCUCUACCAAAUCACACACGAAAUAUGCCGAUUUCAUCCGCUAUUGUAAGAUUACACACAUAUAAGGGCAUAGAGUUGAAUAUAAAUGUUUUUGCUAAACCAAACAAAAAAAAAUGUCGUAUUUAUGUAACUUUACUGAAUUUUUCAGGUGUUGUCGUUACAUUCCGUCUCGUGUAUCUUCCAAUACAAUUUAUAUCUCUUAAGUUCCCGUAGAUCAUCACUGUACGCUCCAUUCCGAAAUCCCUACCCUAUACCCUCUUGUUUCUUUUAUAUGUUUUAUUUUUGCCAAAUAAAUAUGUAAUUAAAAUCUC